UGAUCAAUGGAGCAGUAAUGCAGAGGAAUCGCCUUUCUGUUAGAGGUAAGUAAACCCUCUGACCGGCCACCUCAGACCUCAGGUGACCUCGUCCCUGUGGGGCAAAGCCUCCUCCAGCUCAGCCUGCCUCCCUGCCCUGCUUGAGCAGAGCCCUCACCCAGAAGAUGAGAGCAGUAGGGACCCCCCUCUGCAGCUCCUCUCUCCUCCCAGGCCCCCUGGUCAUCUUGUGUUUCACACACACUGCUGUAGCUCUGAGACUCAGACUGACUCUGCUGUUUGUGUUUCUGUGUGUCUGUAGGAGGCCGGAAGCGAAGGGCUGCAGAGACCUCAUCUAAAGAGAGACUUGUUUGCAAAACGUAUGAAGACAAAGACAAAGAAGUUCCUGGUGAAAACCCUCCAGGGACUUCUUCAGGGACCCCUUCAAGUGAGCCCUCAAUAAAUCAGACUGUUCUGCUGUUAUCAAUCACAGCAAUAAUAGUCUAUGCAUUAGACUGAUGAACCGACAAAGGAAUGAACUGCAGGCCGAUCCGACACCUGCUGAAAACUUGAAUGAGUCUCUGACCUCAUUUUGAUUUCCGAAUGACAGAAGCGCCUGACCUGGGCUACAGAGAAGUAGCAUUGGAAUGUUGCUCAGUGGUCCAAAGUUUUUUCGGAUGAAAGCAAAUUUUGCAUGUCAUUCGGAAAUCAAGGUGCCAGAGUCUGGAGGAAGACUGGGGAGAGGGAAAUGCCAAAAUGCCUGAAGUCCAGUGUCAAGUACCCACAGUCAGUGAUGGUCUGGGGUGCCAUGUCAGCUGCUGGUGUUGGUCCACUGUGUUUUGUCAAGGGCAGGGUCAAUGCAGCUAGCUAUCAGGAGAUUUUGGAGCACUUCAUGCUUUCAUCUGCUGAAAAGCUUUAUGGAGAUGAAGAUUUCAUUUUUCAGCACAACCUGGCACCUGCUCACAGUGCCAAAACCACUGGUAAAUGGUUUACUGACCAUGGUAUUACUGUGCUCAAUUGGCCUGCCAACUCUCCUGACCUGAACCCCAUACAGAAUCUGUGGGAUAUUGUGAAGAGAAAGUUGAGAGACGCAAGACCCAACACUCUGGAUGAGCUUAAGGCCGCUAUCGAAGCAUCCUGGGCCUCCAUAACACCUCAGCAGUGCCACAGGCUGAUUGCCUCCGUGUAUGUUGAUACUUCCAUGUCCCAUUCUCGCCAGUGUGGGGAAGCAAUAAAAAAGGCCAAUAGGAUGUUGGGGUAUAUCUCCAGGUGUGUGGAGUAUAAGUCAAGGGAGGUAAUGCUAAGAUUAUACAAUUCCUUGGUGAGACCUCACCUAGAAUAUUGUGUGCAGGUUUGGUCACCAUAUCUUAAAAAGGACAUUGUGGCCUUAGAAAAGGUGGAGCGUAGGGCCACAAAAAUGAUUCCUGGUCUUAGAGGAAUGUCAUACGAGGAACGGUUACUUGAGCUAAAUCUGUUCAGUCUCAAGCAAAGGAGACUGAGGGGGGACAUGAUCCAGGUAUAUAAGAUUCUAACAGGUUUGGAUGCUGUUCAAGCAAAUAGUUACUUCAGCAUUAGUUUAAAUACACGAACUCGUGGUCAUAGGUGGAAAUUAGCGGGAGAACACUUCAAGCUGGAUUUAAGGAAGCACUUCUUUACACAGCGUGUAGUCAGAGUAUGGAAUACCCUUCCUGAUAAUGUAGUGCAAGCUGAAUCCUUGGGUUCCUUUAAAUCAGAGCUAGAUAAGAUUUUAAUGACUCUGAGCUAUUAGUUUAGUUCUUCCCAAGCGAGCUUGAUGGGCCGAAUGGCCUCCUCUCGUUUGUAUAGUUCUUAUGUUCUUAUGUUCUUAUGCCACGCCACAUUGAAGCAGUCAUUUCUGCAAAAGGAUUCCCGACCAAGUAUUGAGUGCAUAACUGAACAUAAUUAUUUGAAGGUUGACUUGUUUGGUAUUAAAACCACUUUUGUUUUAUUGGACGGAUGAAUUAUGCUAAUUUUCAUGAGCUGUAUGCCAAAAUCAUCAAUAUUAAAACAAUAAAAUGCUUGAACUAC